AUGCAUAACCCAAGACAGACCAAAACGAGAAAAAAUAGCACUCCACAUAGCGUAUGCAACAUUGCAGUGAAGGAUAAGAAAGUAUACCCUGUUAAAAUAACCGUAAAAAACAACUGUGCAUAUACUAUCUGGCCAGCAGACCUAACAUCAGCUCCGCAAUCUCACUUAUCAAACAUUGGAUUUGAGCUAGCAUCUAAAGCAUCCACAUCACUUGAUGUCCUAGCUCCAUGGAACGGCCAGUUUUGGGCCAGAACUGGAUGCUACAUAGAUGGCUCGAGAAAGUUCACUUGCACUACUGUGGAUUGUGGCUUCGGCCAGGUUGCAUGCAACGGCAACGGCAACGGCAACGGUGGAGCCCCACUAGUGUCUUUGGCAGAAUUCAACUUAGCAGCGAGUGGUGGACAAGAUUACUAUGAUAUCAGCCUUGAAGACGGCUUCAACUUGCCCCUAUCGAUAACUCCACAGGGCCGUUCCGCUUCAUGCACUGCACCUAGCUGUGCUGCCUAUGUGAACGGGGCUUGCCCUACAAAGCUAAGAGUGAUAGGGUCUGAUGGGAGUGUGAUUGGUUGCAAUGGAGCAUGCAUAGCGUCCAAUCAAUCACAAUACUGUUGCACUAGCGAUUAUAGCACCUCAACCACAUGCCCACCCACGAAAUACUCUAUGUUCUUCAAAGGAGAGUGCCCUCAGGCCUAUAGUUAUGCCUAUGAUGAUCUUACUAGCCUCUUUUCUUGCUCUGGCGUAUCUAAGUACACUAUCACGUUCUGUCCAUGAAUAAUAGAGGAAAAAAAAAAUUGUGCUUCCUUUCUUUAUGAUCAAAAUGAAACAAAUAACUUGUCCGUGAACUAUAGGAAGGAGCAUAUAUCUGUAUCGUUAAUGAAUAAUUGAAUUUUGCUGUAUCUGUAUCAUGUAUGGAAACUAAAUAUAACUAUAGUGAUUGGUUGCAAUGGCGCAUGCAUGGAGUUCAAUCAGCCACAAUACUGUUGCACUGGCGAUUAUAGUACCUCAACCACGUGCCCACCCACGAACUACUCUAUGUUCUUCAAGAAAGAGUGCCCUCAUGCCUAUAGUUAUGCUUGUGAUGAUCCUACUAGCCGCUUUUCAUACUCCGGUGGAUCUAACUACAGUAUCACGUUCUGUCCAUGAAUAAUAGGGAUUUUCUUUUUCUUUUCUUUUCUUUUUUUUGAGCAGAAAUGUGCGUUUGGCA